GAAUCUUGUACCAAUCAACCAAAUAUCAAUCUAUGAGGUCAAAUUCUCUCGCACUCGUGCUCAAAUUUUUUACUCAACAAUAGACAGAGCAAGGCGGCACUAAGCACAAGCACACGAUGGAAAAUCCAGUCUGCGAGAUGAGUGCAGUUCCCACGCUGAAGAAGUGGCACUUGCCCAGGUCCUUUGAGGUGCCAGAAGAUGCUAUGGUGAUCACGCGAUCCGAGUUCGAGGCCGCGCAAAAAGCCGGGCAGUCGUUCGACGCACUCUGGGAGCAAAAAGAGGCAAACACUGCUGAGCGCGGCGGCGAACAGCUGGCGAAGAGUGGCGACUUGAUUUCCGUGGUUCCGCAUCCGCACACAACUCCAUCAUCUCACGCCGAGUGGGGGAACGCGGUUCCGCAUUUCUAUGAAGAUGUCAGGGCGUGCGUCGCAGAUGCUUUUGGUGCAGAAACACGUGAUCUCAUCCUCGAGUUGGAAGCUACAUCACAUCAGUCGCCAGAUAGGCACUACGUCGCGCUCGAGAAGUUUGCCGCUGCGUGUUCCGCUUCUUUUGAGCGAGAGCGGGACUGGACAGGGGCUUGCGGGGACACCUACUGGUCGACCCUUCACGAAAUGAAAUAUGACCUAGAGAAGCGGAUUGCAACGGCGAAAUUUGGAGGAGAUGACCGUCGCUCCGAUGCUGAUCAGUGUAUUUUUGGACCACCUGACGAAAUUAUGCUGAAGCCGUUUGAAAAGGCCGCCGGCAUCUACGUGCGCUUACUGUACGGGUUCACCGAUCAAGUGCUGACCGAAGGGGAGGCGGAAGUUUUGGAUUUCCUCUUUGACGGGAUGCGUGACCCGCCCGAGGAUCGGAAGCUCGACGUGCUGAAUUGGCUGGACCACAUGUGGAACAACGAAGCAAACAGAUUUGCAUUUGCCCGUCUUCCUGUGGAAGAAAUGAAGCAGCAGGACUUGCCGCCAUGGCUGGGACCGCUCGCGCGUUGUAAUCGUGACUUUUCUGUACUGCGCAACGGCAUCCUCGAAAAUAUUUUUGUCGGUGAAUACCAUUGUCUACUGGACAAACUCGGAAAAAUUUUUAUCGGUGAAGCCAAGGCGGAUCUGAAAAAACGCACCUGGGUGGAACUCUACUCCGAAGAGACCGAGGGGCUCGGGGCGGUGCACGAGAUGCAGUUUCUCGAUUUCUACAAGGCAAUCCUACAAAGCCGCCAAGCGUCGGGAAAGGAGCCGCCCUGGACAAGCAGUAACGCGCUCGAGCUGCGAAUAGUUUUUCAAGAAGAGCCAGUGUCUGAGGAUGCCGUCGAGGAUUCGGGGUAG